AUGGCUGACUCUGAGACGGAUAUGGAUCAAGUUUGUGCCAUAGAAGACUCUUCUAUGGAUUGUGGAAAGGAAGGUUACUUCAUCGGGAUGAUGCUGAAGAAGUCUCGAAUCACACUGCUGGACAGUGAGACAGUCGCCUAUCCAACCACUCGCAUGAUGAGGAACCUGCUUGUCGCUCAGGUGCUGUUCAAAGGCCAGAAGUUUUGUUUCAUGGCGUCCCACUUUGAGAGCUGUAAGGCCAACGCAGGAGAGCGGAUGAGACAGCUGAGACUGGUGAUUAGGAGGAUGGCCAAGAUGCCUGAUGACAUCACCGUCCUGUUUGGAGGAGACACCAACCUGAGGGAUGCUGAUGUGGCCAAAGUGGGCCUUCCUGAUUCCUGUGAUGUGUGGCAGCAGCUGGGAGAGCCGGAGCAUUGCCGCUACACAUGGGACACCCACGCCAACACCAACAACGACCACUUCUACAAGAGUCGCUUCCGCUUCGACCGGCUCUACCUGCGGCCGGCGGCCGCGGAAGGAGUCCCACAGCUGGAGCCCGACAGCAUGGCCUUGAUAGGGCUGGAGAAGCUGAAGUGUGGCCGCUACACCAGUGAUCACUGGGGGAUCUACUGCACAUUCUCUGCUCAGUAG